AUGAGUAUGGAGACGCAGCCGUUGGAAAGCCCCCCAAUCUACGUGGAGGAAAAGCCCCUGACGCAAAUCCCCCAACGAUUUCUCCUACCAGCUGCGCCUGGGAAGAAGGGGCGCGAGGCUUCCGUCGACGGGGGACGCCCGUCGGUGCACGAAUUGAUGCGGAACGACGACUACACGAAGAAAGUUGCACGCAGCUCGACGGGCCGACUGGUGUCUCACUACCGCGUCCCGGUGAGUCGUCCACUGCCGCUUCACACGCCGGAGGCCGGCGCGGAUCGGCGCCCUCUCAAGAGGAAUGUUGAGAGUGUCUUUGCCUCGCUCUUUCGUGGAUCGGGGGAGGGCGCCGUGGUGCCUGAUUUUUUGAAGCCUGCGGAGAACAACCGCCGACGCGAGAUUGAGGAGCGGAAGAAGCGAGAGGAGCAGGAACAGCCUAUUUUUGGCGACCCCGAUGCGAAGCAGCGCCUGCUGGAGCCGAAGCACAUGCCGAAACUUGACAUGAAGGUGCCGGUAGACUUCGUCCCGCGUUGCGCAGCGAUGAGGACGCAGUCGAUCCCGAUCUACGCCGAAAAGGAGGACGCACAGGCCCAAGCAGCGCCGGAAAGAAGGGGCGGCUGA